ACAAAAAUUGAGUGCAUCAAAGAAUAUGUGUCAAGAUAUCCACAUAAAACCAACCAGAUGAGUCCGUUUCGAUCGAAAAAAGUCAAAUCAUUCCCCCUAAAAGUUAUAACUUUUGAGUCCGAGCUAGAGUUCAAUCUUGAGUACAAGGCAACUGGACAGGAUUUAUUUGAUUUGGUUUGUCGAACAAUAGGCUUGCGGGAGAGCUGGUACUUUGGCCUGCAAUAUGAAGAUGUUCGCGGCAAGGUGUCGUGGCUCAAAAUGGACAAAAAGGUCAAGGAUCAAAAGAUUAAUUUGAGUGGUGGCAAUUGUGUAUUCAAUUUCUAUGCAAAAUACUUUCCGGAGAAUGUUAGUGAAGAACUUGUGCAGGAAAUUACUCAGCAUUUGUUCUUUUUGCAAGUAAAACAAAGUAUUUUGUCAAUGGAUAUUUAUUGUCCGCCAGAGGCAUCUGUCUUAUUGGCUUCUUAUGCCGUUCAUGUCCAAUAUGGACCGUACGAUUAUGAGACUUAUAAGGAAGGAAUGCUAGCUGAUAUUGAUCUAUUGCCUAGGAGAGUUGUGGAUCAAUAUCAGAUGACACCGCAGAUGUGGGAAGAACGAAUUAAAACAUGGUACAUGGAUCAUGAACCUAUGACUAGAGACGAAGUUGAAAUGGAGUAUUUAAAAAUCGCACAAGACUUAGAUAUGUAUGGAGUGAAUUACUUCCCUAUAACGAAUAAAAACAAAACGAAACUGUGGCUUGGUGUUACUGCAAUGGGCCUCAAUAUUUACGAUGAACUUAAUAAACUAACGCCGAAAACAAUGUUUCAAUGGUCUGAAAUACGAAACGUUAGUUUUGACGAUAAAAAAUUCACAAUUAAGCUAGUAGACACAAAAGCUGCAAACUUUGUGUUUCUAUCACAAGAUUUACACAUUAACAAAUUAAUACUCGAUCUCUGUAUGGGUAAUCAUGACCUUUACAUGAGACGGCGAAAGCAAGACACAAUGGAAAUACAGCAGAUGAAAGCACAAGCCAAGGAAGAGAAACAAAGACGACAAAUCGAGCGCACCAAGUUUUUGAGGGAGAAAAACUUAAGAGAAAAGGCCGAAAUGGAGAGAAUCGAUAUGGAAAAACGGUUAGAUCAACUAAGAGCUGACAUGAUGGCAGCCAGUGAUGCUCUACGCCUCUCCGAAGAAACCAAGGACUUGUAUUUUGAGAAAAAUCGUAUAAAUGAAGAACAAGUUCAAUUAACCGAGUGCAAGGCAAAUCGAUUUAAAAUCGAAAUGGAUCGCCUUCGAGAAAGUCAUUUAAAGACUGAAAACGAAAAAGCAGAGCUCGAGAAAAAAAUUCGUGACGUCGACUAUUAUGUGCAGCAGUUAACUCUCGAAAAAGAAACCCGAACGGCUGAAGCGGAAAAACUAAAAAGGGAAUUAAAAUCUGCCAGAUUGGCCGAGCGUGAAGCAAAUGCCAAACUACUGAGUUUCUUAAACCGUAACGUACAAUUCUCAAUAGAACCUUCGCUUAUAUCAGGUUCGAGCCGUUCCGAGUCAUUGCCAUCGGAAAUGUCCGAAACAGUUUCCAAAGAAUUUUACAUGUCAGAAAAGGAAAUGGAACAAAUUUCCAAUGAAAUUGAAAAAAGCCGUCUUGAGUAUUUGGAAAAGUCAAAACUGAUGCAGUGCCAGUUGAGAACUCUUCGUUCGGAAAUUGAAUUACUAAAAAUCGAAGAGAAUCAAUGCCCUUUGGAUAUUAUCAGUGCAGAACAACUAAAAUCUGGUGAAACCAAAUAUUCAACAUUGAAAAAACUCAAAUCGGGUUCAACUAAAGCGAGAGUGGCAUUCUUUGAGGAGUUGUAAACAUUUUCAUAUCACAGGGAUUUUUUUAUCCGAGCUUAUUUUUGUAAGCAUAUUGGGUGUGCUUCGGAAAUAUAUUAGUAUUUCAUGUAUAUAGUUAAGUCUUUUUAAAAUAUUUUUUUUUUGUUAUUUUUGAACUGACAAGAAAUAACAUUUACUUUACUUUAAAUAAAUUUG